AUUCGACGUAAAAACAGAAACAUGGAACGCGUGAAGUAAGGGUAUAUUUCAAAUCAAGAACAGACUUUCAAUGGAUUUGGGUGUCCUGCUUGUCAUAUUCACUUACUCAUCAAGUUUAAGAGUCAAACACGCAGCUGCAUCUUUCGGAAGCAAGCUUGCAAGUCCGCAUACGCUAAGAAGAAAAACAAGAGAUGUCCCACUUGCUUCGAUUCUUGGAAGCCUUGACCCGGAUGCUGACAAUCUAAAUACAGAAAUCGAUAACACGUACUUCCACGCUCCUAUGUCUGUAACAUCUGCUUCAGUUGAGAAUAAAUCCACCAAAACAAUUUCAGCUCUAAUAAUAAAAAGUGGCAAUCCUAAUUCAAAGUAUAAAACAACCCCUCAUAUCAAGGAACUAUUUAUAGGGAGAUGCUAUGAGUAUCAGUUUCGACGGAAUGUAUCUCAACAUUAUAACUGUGAUAGCUUAUGGAAUGCAUUCUUUAACUCGUUUGCGUACAAAGACCCUUGUGAUGUGCAGUCUUAUCACUACAAAAAAUUCUUAGAUAUGAUAGAAGAAGACAUUCCAAAGGACAAGGCUUUAUUGUGGUCUGGAUCGAGAGAAUUAGCCCAUAAAUUUUCAGAUUUUCUGUUUACAAAACGUUUCACAACGCUAGAGGACACAAUGGCAGGAUAUCUAGUCAAUGAUAUGAAAUGGUGUGGAAAGCGAGACUCUCCUGGGAUUAAUUUUAAAGAGUGUCCAUGGGAAUGUUCGAUACAAACACCCUAUUGGUCAUCUGCCAAUCAACGGUUUGCAAAAAAGAUACGAGGUGUUGUCCAAAUCAUUUUAAAUGGUACUAGACAACAUUUGAACGAUGGGCGAGUAUAUCCGUCAUAUAUGAAGAACAGGUAUUAUCUUGGCCCCUACAUUAUUCCUGAGUUUAAAAAAGAAAAUAUAAGACACGUGAAGAUCAUCGUCGCACAUACUUUACAUUUGAAACCUUUAGAGUCAUGCAAUGAGAAAACUGUCAAGCUGCUUGUAGAAGACAUCAAGAAAAAAAACAUUCCAGUGAACUGUGUUGACGAUGCUGAUACGGUGAAACAUAUUCUGUGUGUAGAUGAUCCCCUGUCAAAUUCAUGUUUGAUUCCAAAAUAAUGAAAAUGCCAAAGAAAACAAGGAGAGCUUAGAGGCAUUUGAAAAGUCAAUUGGACAAACAGCAACACUUGAAUCGACUCCAUCGUAGCUGUUUCAAACAAUAAUAGCUAAAAUUAGCAUGAUUGGUAUUAAUGUUUUCUCAUAAUGGAUUUGAAAUUGUAUUGGUAGUUGUAAUCGGCCUGCGUGCAACUUUGUAAUCUAAAUGUUUAUAAAGAAACAGAUGUGAUUGAUGUACUCUUCACAGCAAUUGUGAGCGCAACGAAAACUAGAAUAAAACUGAACAAUUCUUCAUUGGAUAUAAAAAGACGAAAAACAAGGAAAUAAAUAAACUUGUGCAUUAGAAGAAAAUAAUAAAGACAAAGAAGAUAAAUGAGAACACCAUUUGGCAUGUGCCAUCCUAGGUUUUACAUGAUACGGUGUGUUUUCCGUUGUUAAUAACAAUCACAAAUAGAAGAUUCAUGGUGGUCGACAAUGUCCCUAUAAAGCUGAAAGCGUAUUUUCUUAAGUCUGCUGAAUAGAGUACCCUG